UGUUAUACAUACGCACAUCCAAACCAAGCGGGCGAAAGCGAAAAUUAAACGAGGCUACAAUGGCUUUGAUUCCUAUUUACUACGACUACCGGCCAGUUUCCCCCUUCUACCCAACGGCCGCCACGCCCCUCCGGGACAUGCUAUCGUACAUGCUGAAUGAUGAAUUGAUGUCAUCUCGCAGACCAGUCAAUGUGUCCGGGAAAUGGAGCCACGCAAUUCAGCUGGAAAACUUCAAACCCGAGGAAGUGAAAGUCACCGUAGAUGACGGGUGCGUUCGAAUUCACGCCCAUCACGCCGUUGGGAACGACGAAAAUGGCGAGGUGCGUGAAGUCAAGAGAUGCGUUAAAAUUCCCGAGGGAGUUGACGGAAGUAAGGUGAAUUGCAGGUUCGUGAAUGACAAUACUUAUCUCGUAGAGGCGCCACUUCUGCGAAAUGAGGACGACGUGGAAACUGAGCUAAAAAUUGAGAGCGUCCCCGCCAUUACGGACGGCAAGAAAGAAGACAUGCAACUGGUUGAGAGUUCGAAACCGUUUGAGACCAAACUGGACCUGUCUGUGUUUGAGCCUGACCACAUUACCGUCAAACGGCGAGGGAACGUGGUGUCCGUGUCUGCUGACCACUCACGUGAGGAGGGCGGGGUCAAGGUGUCUCGUUCAUUCAGGAGGGAGUUUACCGUACCCCAGGGUGUGGACUACAAGAAUAUCAAGUGUGUCCGUGACCCCAAGGGCCAUGUCGCCAUUAUGGCCCCCAAGACCCCCGAGUCCAAGAAAUAAACGGAUUUCCACAAAUCCCUAAACCACAUGGUAAUGACUCAAGACAAGAAGCUUACGCUUGUAAUGUAAACUAACCAUCAGCAUAAAAUGUUGCUCCUCUUUUGCAGUUUAAAACUGCUAUGUAUCUAAUUAUGUACCUUAUAUACCAGUAUAUUGUGUUGACGUUCCGUACCUUCAGACUUUUUGUAUAUUGCCUUUCCGUCGAUUGUGCCUGUGAUUUAUAUAUAUGUAAAUGCUUGAGAUUAAACAGGUCUGUGUACAGUUAUAUAUAUAAUAUUUCAUGUGAAAAAGUGACGCAGUGCUGUAAUAUGUCAUAAUGCACUAUAAUUAAGUAGAUCUGUGAUUUUCUUUACCAAAGCAUACAUUGUUCUUAUUUGUUAAUAUUGUCCAGAUCCCAAUAAUAAAAUGUUAAAGAUUUC